AUGACCGACCAAAAGGAGCAAACCAACACCAUGUGUAUCCAAAUGCUGAGGGCAUCAACUCCUGACAAUAUCCGUUUCAUAAUAAUCAACAUCCAACAGUCAACUACACCACCGGAGACACCCGUUCCAACAACACCCGCACAAACACUGACGAAAAGAAUCCGAUCGGAUAAUGAAACACCUGAGGCAAGUGAUUUCGCACGUCCUGCCGUCCGCACCCUGAACUUUACUCCGGCAGUCCAACAACCAAAAUCCUCAACUAUAAAAAAACCACCCCAUAUUGAUCAUCCUUCCACCAAACACGAAUCACAGAAGAUGGAGACCAUCAUGAAGAAACUGCAAAACCAACUCGACACAAUGCAGGAAGCACUUGCUGCGGUCCAAAACACUUUCGCCUUCAUCAACCAAACAAGGCAAGACAUGAUAAACGAAUCUCCAAAGGAAAUGCCAUAUAGACAUGUCGUCGUCACCAAAACCUUCAUCAACGACCUGGAUCAAGACACGGUGAUCAUGCUCGACAUCUUCCAGGCAAUGCAAGAGAACAUGGCUUCAGCAACCGAGAUCUGCAAGAAAAUCAUCAACGACCACCAAGUCCCAUAA